CGCAGACGUUUAAUAAGGCUACCUUUAUCAUGACCGCAAGGGGCGAAGACCUGCGCAUGCGUUCGUUCACCGCAAUGUUGUCGUCCUUUAAGCCGAGUUUAUCGGAUAUCAUUCGUCCUUGAUCUCGAAACACCAUGGUGAAACCGGACACAAGAGACAUGGACGAGGAUGACGGAGUCCUCUGGACUUCGGUGCCCUUGCCCAGCGCCACAACUGUUGCUGAUGCGGCUAAUACAUCAUCAUUUGAAAUCGCUGAUGUGGUGGAAGCCUUUCCUGGAGGGAUCGCAAUGUCGGUGCAGGAAGCCAUAGCCACAGCCCUCGCAUUAAGCUUCAUCACCGUCUUCACCGUGGUAGGCAACGUGCUGGUCAUUUGCUCCGUCUUCAACCACCGGCCCCUGCGCACUGUACAAAACGUGUUCCUCGUCUCUCUGGCCUUGGCUGACAUCGCCGUGGCGCUUCUCGUCAUGCCUUUCAACGUGGCGUACUCGAUAAUGGGCCGCUGGGUGUUUGGGCUGCACUUCUGCGAGUUGUGGCUCACCUGCGAUGUCCUCUGCUGCACGGCAUCCAUCCUCAACUUGUGCGCCAUAGCGUUGGACCGGUACUGGGCCAUACACGACCCCAUCAACUACGCCCAGAAGCGCACGCUACGACGGGUGCUACUCUCCAUCUUUCUGGUGUGGGUCAUCAGCGCCCUCAUCUCGGUGCCACCUUUGAUCGGCUGGAACGACUGGCCCGAGCAGUUCGACGAGACAACGCCUUGUCGACUCACGCAGGAGACCGGCUACGUCCUGUACUCGGCCAGUGGAUCGUUCUUCAUCCCGCUGCUCAUCAUGAGCAUCGUGUACCUCAAGAUCUUUCUGGCUACACGCCGUAGGCUGCGGGAGCGGGCCAACGCCGCCGCCAAGGUACCGAGCUCGGCUACCCGCUGUCCGGCAAGUGCCGAGCCGUCGGUCGCGCUUCUUCAAGAGCGCCACCUUUCGUCAUCGGAGGACACACCUCCUCCGCAGCACCGCGGGCCGGCCAGGGAAAGCCGGCCAUCGCUCGCCGACACCAGCGUAACGCUGGAGCAGAACGGCCGGCCGCCCAGCGUGAAGGUGUUCACCUGCUGGGAGGAGCGGCAGCGGAUCUCGCUCUCGCGCGAGAGGCGAGCCGCCCGCGUGCUGGGCAUCGUGAUGGGAGUGUUCGUGCUGUGCUGGCUUCCGUUCUUCAUAAUGUACGUGACGGGCGCCUUCUGCGACGAAUGCGUUCAGUCCGACCGCCUCGUCAACUUCAUCACCUGGCUGGGCUACGUGAACUCGGCGCUCAACCCCGUCAUCUACACCGUGUUCAACACCGACUUUCGUCGCGCCUUUCGCAGCCUUCUCUGCUCCGGAACGCGCAGGACGCAUUUGUGAGGAAGGCAACGCCUUUCCUUCUCGAUACGAUGUGCGAGCGCGGCAACAAACUUGUGAGAUGCUGUUGUGCAGCACGUGUUUUCUUUUCAGUAUAUUGUGAUGGCGUAGCGCUUCAGGCUGAGUUCGAGCCGUAAACUUGUAAAGCGUUCUGAACGGUGGAGCGUGCGAUGACCGUGGUGGUGCGGCGUGAAACAUUUCAUGGAAGGUUCUGGUGCUUGUGAAUAUCCCAAAGAAGGAACACAGUUUGCGAGUCCUGGUGUAUCUUAAAUUAACACAAUCGUGAAAGGCUCAUUCCGCUAUAGCCUUAAUUAGAUUAUGCCCAACUACCUGGUUACGCCAGCCUGAAGAAGUGUUAUAACAUAAAGGGUCAUUCUUUGUUUUCGUGUUGUAUCGUACUGCAGUGUUGCACAGUGAAUUGUGCUGCUUCUUAAUGUCCCAGAGAAGAAACAUAAAAGGAGUUUUUUGGUGUUUUA